GCGAGACUGUGGAGAGACUCACCAGAAUCACACGACACGAGAUGGCAGGGAUGAUAAAUUCCAUCAGACUGCUGGUCUACAUCUGCGCAUUGACAGCUGCAGCUGAACUUUCAGCACAACAGAAUGAUUCAGUCACACAGUGUGUGGAGCUGACUCCUAACAUCCGAAACCUUCUGGAGGGAGAAGCGUUUCAUUACGUUCCCUACUUCAUGACUGAUGUCAAGGCCACUGAAGAUCAGUUCACUUGGCAAAGGAACAAAGUGGUGGUCUCCUCGAAUGAAAGUGAGAGGAUACACGUUCAUGGUUUGGCCAUCUACUUACUUAACGUCACACCUGCUGAUGCGGCCAUCUACACUUUUCAGUACACUCAGUCACCAGAAAGAUGCUACACUGCUGAUUUAACUGUGAACGUCUUCGAUGAAAGCUUUCGUCUGAAGAAAGUAAUGCGUUAUGGACCUGUAGAAAGCUCGUCCCAAAGCACAAGAAUCGUGUGUCCAGAUCCUGUUCUGAAAACGUGCCGGGACACAGACGGCUUGAUCACCUGGUACAAGAACAUGGGCUUGAUUGAACAUGAACAUAAAGAAGAGAUACACGUGCAGAAGCUCCCACAGAAUAAUGGCGUUUACACCUGCAUGUGUACAUGGGCACACAAUCAUCGGCAGUACAACUCAUCUGGAUCAAGGCUGCUCACAUUGAAAGAUCUCUCCAUCAAUUCUCUUGAAUUCCUCUCACCAUUGGACACCAACAUGGAGCAGUUUGCUGAUGCAGGUUCUUCAACCUCUCUGAACUGUUCUGUCUUCUGUGGGAAAAACAUUGAAAAGCAGUGUACGGCGGAAUGGAGAAUAAACGGAAGCCACAUUGACGACAGAAAAGACUAUGUACAAGUUAGCCAAACAGUCAAUACACCCCACAACAACAACACCAUGGCCACCGCCGUCCUGACCAUUCGGAAGGUCUCUGCAAAGGAUUUUCAGACCAAUUUUACCUGUGUUGCAAAAAACAAUUUUCUGAUUCAGUCGAAAUAUCUCACUCUCAAACCAAGAAUGCUCGGUCAUCACAGCAUGCCAGUGGCCGCCGCCUCUCUGCUCAUGAUCCUUCUCUGCAUCGCUGGAGCCAUCCUCAUCAAGUUGUUCCUGGUUGAUCUGACUCUUUUCUUCCGGCCCUACUUUCCUCUCUGCAGUGCCAAGGAUGCGACAAAGAUUUAUGACGCCUAUGUCAUCUACCAGUCACAGAGUGAAACCAAAGACAGUAAACACCUUCUCAGUGAAUUUAUCUCACGGUCUUUGCCCAGUGUUCUUGAGGAACAAUGUGGCUACAAGCUUUUCAUCCAAGGGAGGGACGACACCCCCAUAGAAGAUCACCUGGAAAUGGUGGAGAAACGCAUAAAAUGCAGUCUACGGCUAAUGGUCAUCCUGACACCGGCUUCUGGCUCCAGAAGCAGUGAGUGUGAGUCAGCAUCACCCCAGGAGUUCGCAUUCGGAGGGUGUGACUGGCAGGAUGGGAUUCACCAUGUGCUGGUCCAAAGGGAGACGAACGUCAUUCUGGUCCAGCUGGGUGACACGGAUCAGGGAUAUUCACACCUCCCUGCUGGCUUGCAGCGCCUGAUCCGGAAGAGUGCACCGAUCAAGUGGCCACAGAAGCUCAAGAACGCUUCUAAAGCGAAUUCUCGCUUCUGGAAAAAAGUGCGCUACCUGAUGCCUGCCAGGCCUGUGGCCAAUCAACUGAGGUUGGCCCCUAUAUAGACGGGUCUCUUCAAGUCACUCUGAUGGGUGUUUAACAAAAAUGGAGAGAGGGUGAGAUUGUUUGACAAAGUGUGCAAAAUGCAGUUCUUGAUAUAUAUUUUUGCAACACCAUGUUGAUUUAAAUCCGUCAUUCACGUGUUUAGAAAACCUGUACUCCAGCCAAAGCCUCGUCCUAGUAAGCCAUACUGCCUCUUGACCUUCCUGGUUCUCUAGCUUGUUUUUCCGAUAUAUUGCCAUUUUUUCCUCCCCAGAAUCGCUCCCAUGAUAAAAAUUACAGUCUUUAAGGAGGCUCUUCCCUGAAAUGAUCUAGGCCACUGGAGUUCAUCCUCCGCAAGGAGGAUGACCCUGAUCCCCCCCCCCCCGAUAACCCUGAUCCUGAAAAAUGUAUUUUGGAAUCACACCAAGCCACUUCAAAAGGAAAAAAUACCCCACUCGACGAUGAUGUGUCCUUGCAUGUGUCCUGAAUUGACUUUUUGUCUGCUUCUGAAGCCCAGACAUGACAGUGGAGGGUCAGGAAAAGUGUGUGCGCCAGUGUGCGUGUGUGUGAAAGGGUCAACAGAAGAAGAAUAGUGGCACACUCCCAGUGAAAAGGGAGGCGGGCAGUUGGGGGAGAUGACGUUUACCCCGGCAGCUGGGAGCUGCUCCACGCUUUUGUUCCUCUGUGACCCCUGUGACCCUGCACUCGCCCUGGUGCCACACACACCUGCAUGCAGUCAGAGUCAACACCAAACCAAACAUAUGCACACACACAAUCGCGCAUGCACCAGCAUAUAUGCAGAUUUUUUGGGGGCCAUCCAUCAUGACUUAAUUAGGAGAGGCUAGCGUUCCCUGUGUGUACUGAGUGAACCAAUCAGUUCACACCACACGCAGACACAAAACUAUCGCAAGUUGCAUUUCGGAUUCAUUUUUUUAAAAUAUAUUUGUAAUGUCAAAAUGUCAAAAACUAAACCUCACACUGAGGAAGAUUUAAGCAGCACCACUUUCUGAGAACCUGGAAUGCAUGUUUGUUCUUACUAAUAUAAAUCAAUACACAUUUAUAUCCUGCAAAAUAUGACUAUAAGGCUUCAUGUGGUAAAUCUUUUCAUGGUAUAGUUGUAUAAUAUUGGUGUGAAAAUGUCAUGAAACUGCUGACCGGCAUAUAUGAUUUGUUUUCAUGUAUGUAAAACUGAAGUAUGUAGAACUGGCAUCGGACGGGUCAGUGCUUGCAAGUGUAUUCCGUGUAACAGUACCCUUUUCCCAUCCAGACGCCAGACAUGACAAGCAGUCUGCAAGCUGUGUAUGCGAGUCAUUACUGUAAGUACUAUUGUACUUGGUCAAGCCAAAUUCUGUGAUGCAACAAAUCCUGUUAUGUUUCAGUUUAGUUAAAGAGUUAUCUACUCUGUUAGCAGGGAGCAUCACCUUGACAUACAGAGGAGUGUGAAAGAACCAUGUUCAUUCAUUCCUAACUUAUUUCGUUUUAAAUAUAAGUCUAGUCAAUAUGCUAAAGGCUGGUACAAUACAGUAUGUCCGUCAGAAUGGGUGAAUCUGACUUUGGAGCUGCUUUCACUGAAAUGUGUGCAUGCAUCUGCCACAUACUGAAACAGAAAUAAACAUGGAUGCAAAAAAAAUGUUGUCCACGACAAGAACAAGGAUCAUCAAAGGAACUGAUGGAGGAGGACGGCAUCAUGACUGUGUGCUUCGGUGAAGGUCAAUAUUUAAAAAAAACACGAUAUAUGUCCACCGGAGGAGUGUUACCAAAAGUAGAACAAAGAAAUCUGUAAUAAUUGAGAGCUUGACCUUAAUAAUCCUUAGGUUCCUUUUGGAAAACUCAACCAGUUGCACGUUUCCCAAGCCAGGAUGAAAAGGUUCAGCUAUCUCAAGGCAGCUGUAAAUAAUUGAGAAAAAUGCUCAUACAUGGCAGACCAGAUCAAUAACAGUGUCACUGAUGGAAGAAUGGACUAAACCAGUGGAUCCCAGUUCUCUUUUGAGGAAGAACAGCUACUGAUUGAAAUGUCUAAAGAAGUUUGAUGGUACCUUAGAACCUUAGAAAAACAACAAAACAGACACUGCUGUGGUCAUUAAAGAAAGAAAAAAAGUCUGUCCAAUAAUAACAGCGGACAAGUUCCAAAAUUGAACUGUGCUCCACUGAAACCAUUUACAAUGAAAGGAGUUUUUUUCAGUCCACUAACAGCAUUUGGUUGAAAUCUAAGUGCAUGUUAUUCAGGAAAGGUGGAUUAUCAUUAUGAUCAACUGCAAAAUAUAUCUCUGUCUACUUGGUGUCAUGAAUCUUUUAUCUUAGACUUUACAGUCAUUGCAGUGCACUGCCUCCAUGACUGGACUACUGUGCACCCAUCAGUGUUUCUCUCUUCCAAGUUUCAAACUGAUAUUCUGUGUCAUCAAAAUCAAAUAAAAUGUAGAACAUUGUUCUUCACGAAUGUCUAGUGAAGUAGAAGGAGAGUAUAAAAGACCCCACACACGGUGUGCAACUGCUGGCAGAUAAAAUACACCAUCUGAAUACAAGAUCUAUCCAAAAUAAAAACAAAGGUGAAAUCAAGAUUUCAGAAGGCCAUAUACUCUUUUAUGCCUUUCACAAAUGCUUCUUCGAAAGCACCUUUGCAACUCGAGAAGCCAUUCAUGUCAACAUGAGAAAUAAUAUGCAUAUUCAUCAACAUCUUAAUUCUCAGUCUUCAGUAGUAACAUGCCGGAACACAGUUGGCAAAGCUUGGAGCAUUGUGUCAAUACUCAAUACGCAGGACAAAACUUGAAAUUGAUCAGGGCCGGUGGACUAGUUCUGCACCAGUGCAGCCUGAUGGAAACAAACAAAAACCCAGACAUGAAGGAACCUGGUCUCUCCUGUAUGACUACAUCAUGAAGUGGAGCUGGAAAUGUAAUUAUCAUUAUUGAGACCCAUUUAGGCAUGGUGGUGCAGAACCCCAUGCAGCUUCAGGUAAUGUGAUGCUGAAAAGGGAUGGAAACAAUUUCCCUUUGGUCAGUUCUAUUGAGUACCCAACGUCUAUCCAACCUCGUCGAUGUAAACACAUUCGUAGGACCAGGCAAAUCCAUCUAUGUCCAUGAUCCUUGGCAGCAAAAACUACCAAUCGUAUCUUUCUGAGUGCACCCAAGUGGCACUGGUCCAGUGGUACAUAUUCAUCUGAUGUUGGACUCGACCCAUUCUGUAUUGUAAUGGUUAUGUAACUCUAAUGGACUGUAAACACAUGUGCACACUCAUGCCAAACACUGGCACUGUUCCUCUUAAAUGGGACCCUGUACAUCUGCUUCAUGGUCAUGCUGUGCUUCA